AUGGGUGCUACAUUAGGUAAAAAGAAAUCGCCAGUUAUUGCUGCUGAGAUUAAUGAUGUCAAAGUAGCAAUAAAUCAUAAGACAACAACGAAUGGAGCCGAUGCUGUGACAAUUACCACUGGUAGUAGUAAAAAAGAUGCGAAAAAAAGUGUUUCUAAAAUAAAAGGAACAAUAUCGAAGUCAAAAAUAUUGUCGACAUCACGAGAUACAAAAGGGACGAUGAAUGAACCACCAACAAUUGAAAUAGUAAAAUUCAAUGCUCCUAAUUAUGGUCAAAGCGCUGUGGCUAAUGCGCAUGGCAUAUUUUUAUCCACGAAUAAUAUAUUUCAAUUAAAUGAUGAAAUGGCACAAGUCAACAAUGCAUUUGUUAGUGAUAAUCCAGUGAUUGAAAAUUGUGUUCAAACUUUAAUUACGCCACAUUAUGAAUUAGUUACUGAACAACAUGAUUCUGUUGCACCAGAAAUACUUCAGUUACGUCAAGCAUAUGCUAAUUUUAAAUUUGGUGAUAGUAUCGAUCAAGUUGAACCAACAUCACCCGUCAUACAGGCUGUAUCAGUUGAGCAUAAUCAAGUUUGUCAUCAAAGUAGUAUCGAUGAGAUAAAUUCAUCACUACCGUCACUUCCAAUGAAUGAAGUUAUUAAUAAUGACGAACAACAAGUUGAUCAAUAUCAGCAACAACAGUUAAACUAA